AUGAAAUCAUACAUCUUGUUUGCUAUUCUAAUAGGUUUCGGUGCAACUUAAAUUGUAGUGAAGACACAAACUAUCUGUGGUUGUACACAAUUAACAAAUCAAAAUGAUUGUGCCACAUUACCAGGUUGUAUAUGGUUAGAGGGAACUAACUAAUGUUAAUAGAACAAUUGCUCACUAUUAUAACAAUCUGAUUGCCUAAAAGCAUCUUUUUAUUGCCAAUGGAAUCCAAAUUUAAAUCCUCCUUCAUGUUCAGUAUUUAUAUCAUGCGUAAACUUAACAGCUAACGGCAAUUAAUAAUGUAUCUAAUAGAAUAUUAGAUGCCUUGGAUUUAAUACAACAUCAAAUUAAUGUUUAUAUUAUAGUGAAAUCACAUCUAAUUGUAUUGAUUUCCCAUAAGAUAUAUGUUCCUAUAAUUUUGGUAAAGAUGGACCUUGUUAUUGGAUUAAUGAUUAAUGUUAAGUAAUUAAUCAAUGUUCGUAUGCUCAGCAAAAAGAUUAAUGUUAAUAACUUAAUUUAUUCAAUUAAGAUUCUCCUUAAGGAAUAGUAUGUUAAUGGAAUGAAACUCAAAAUAAAUGCACAGUUAUAACAAAUUGUGGUUAAUUUACAAGUCAAGAUACUUGCAAAUACUAUUUUUCAAGUUUGAAUUCUAUCAUAUUAAAUGUAUGUGUAUGGUCUUAAAAUACAUGUGUUCCUAUUACCAAUCUUAAUAAUUUGACUUCAAUUAAUUGUUUAUCAAAUACAGGUUUAUUUUUUAGAUGGUAUGGAUUAUAGAGUAAUCUAAAUUCAGGAUUUUGUGGUCCUUGCAAACAAAUAUCAUUAGCACCAAAGGCUUAAUGUACUUGUUCUGAUUAUGUCUUACAAUCUGAUUGUAAUUCAUAGAAUAGUUUAUGUCAAUGGAAUAUAUAAACUAAAAUUUGUACUUUAAAUACAUGUUCUUAAAUAACAACAUAAAAUAUUUGCAUAACAGUGGCAAAUUGUUACUGGAGCUUCAAUACCAAUACAUGUCAAACUUUGUCAAGUUGUGAUGAUCUGAUAUUUAAGGUCAGUUCAGUUGGAUGUGCUGCAUAAAGUUUAUCAUGUGCUGGUUAUGAAGGAGGUAAUUGUAUUAAUACUUCAACUAUUUCUUCUACUUGCAGUAGUUAACAAUAAUAAAUAAAUUGUUCUUAAUUUAUUAGUAGUUAAGGCCUUUGCGUUUGGAAUAAUUAGAAUUAUUCAUGUUCACUAUUAUAAUACUGUAAUUAAAUAACUGAUGCUACAAUUUGUGGAAAUUGGUUGAAUUAAUGCAUGUGGGAUGCAAAAAUUUCAUAAUGCUAAUAAUUGACCUGCUCAACUAUUACAAAUGAAUAAAGUUGUACCUAUGUCCUCUCUUAAUUUUAAUCAACUUAGUACUAAUUGUGUAGAUGGAAUAAUUCACUAGGACCUCAAGGAGCUUGUUAAAAUGCUUAUUCAGCUUUAUUAUAAACUUCAUAAACCUGUCUUAAUAAUACUGGUAACACUUUUAGAUGGAGCACCAACAAUGAAUCUGCAGGAAUGUGUGUUUCAUGUGGUACUAUAUAAUUGUCAUUGUAAACAACAUCUUCUUGCCAAUGUUCCUAAUUAUAAUCCAAAGAAAAUUGCUAAAACACAGGAUUUUGCACUUACAACAAUCUAACUAACAUUUGUUCAUCAUCACCUUGCACUUAAUAUGAAAAUUAGAUUACUUGCGCUUCAUUAAGUACUUGCUAUUGGAAUAGUACAUCAGGCUGUUAAGCCUUCACUAAUUGUUCUUCAUUAACAGCAACUAAUUAAUUAGAAUGUAUCAAUAUGAAUGCUUCAUGUAAAGGAAUCAGCUAUGGUAAUUGUUAAUCCUUCCCAACAUAAACUUGUGCUACUAUGUACACAACUAGUGGUAAUUGUUAUAAUAAUAUUGGUACUGAUGGAGUUUGUUUCUUGAGCAUAAAUGAAUAAACUACUACUUAAUGUAUUGGAUUUUCAUAAUGUACUUAAGCCACAAAUGAAACCUUGUGUCUUAGAAAUCAACUUUCAUGUUCAUGGAAUAAUCUUAAUAAUAUGUGCUCUUAAAUUAAUUGUUCAUCAUUCAAAAAUUAAUUAAAUUGUAAAUUCUAUCUACCUAAUCCACUCUCAUCUGAAGUCAUUCCAUGUGUAUGGAGUAAUAAUAUAUGUGGACAAGCUUCUGAUAUUUUAAAAUAAUUAACUUAAAAUACUUGUGCAUCUAGUACUCAUAAUACUUAUAGUUGGAUAACAUUAUCAACUACCAGUGGAUAUUGUAUCAGAUGUUAAUAAUUGGUCACACUACCUAAAUAAUGUAUCUGUUCAUUUUUAUCCUUAUAUGAUUGUUCCUAAGCUCUAGAAUGUUACUGGAAUAAUGGGUCUUGCUUAUAAUUGCAAUGUUAAAAUAUAAUUUAAUAAACUAUAUGUGCUUCUUAAAUAGGGUGUUAUUGGAACAACAAUUAGUGUAACUUAUUUCAUGGUCAAUGCUAUACUUUAUCAGGAAAGAAUUAAACUGAAUGUAUGUAAUAAAAUGUAUAUUGCGUUGGUAGUAACGGAAUUAAUUGCAUUGAAAAUCUUAAUAACUGUGAAGCAAAUACAUAAGAUUCAUCCUGUCUUACAUCUCUUGGAAGGGAUGGAGCAUGUUAUUGGAAUAAGUCAACCAAUAAAUGCAUGGCUGUCAAUUCAUGUUAUUAAUUACCAGAAUCUGCAUGCAAAAUAAGAUCUAAAUCUUGUUAUUGGGAUGCUACAUAAUGUUAAACUUUAACCUGUAGUACUCUCUAUGCAUAGUUCAAUUAAUGUACUUUUGUAAUGAAAUUAUCAUCCUAAAAUUAUGUUCAGGUAUGUUAACUACAAAAUAAUGAAUGUACAUAAAUAACUAAUGUGUUGAGUUUAUCUUAAGAUCAAUGCUAUCUUAAUACAAAUAAAACAGCAAGAUGGAUUCCAUAAUCUUCAAAUUAUGGAGGAAUUUGUUAUUCUUGUUCUGCUAAUAUGAUUCCUACUUACAAUUUUCCAACAUGUUAAUGUUAUUAAUACAUGACAUAGAGUGAUUGUAAUAAUGCCAUAAAUUAAUCUUGUAUUUGGAUAAAUAACAUAUGUACCCAAUAACCUUGUUCAUAAAUUUCUAGCAAUUAAGUUUGUGCAUAAACAAUAGGUUGUGGAUGGAAUAUCAUUACAAGUGUUUGUGAAAAUUUCACUUCAUGUAAUUCAAUCAGUGGUGUGGGAUUGAGUAUUUAAUUAUGUCUCACUUAUUCUACUUAAUGCGGAGGUUACGAUGGAGCAAAUUGUACUUCAUCCCCAACGAUUACUUGUGGAUCAAUGUCACCAUCUACUUGUAGUGGUACUUAUGGAUCUGAUGGUAUAUGUAUUUGGAAUCCAUAUAUUACUGAUUCGUGUAUAGCAGUAACGACAUGUAGUUAAAUAAUUAUUUAGCAAAUUUGCAGUUAUUAUUCUGAUUAUUGUUAUUAUGCAAAUAAUUAAUGUUAAUAACUUACCUGUGCUAAUUUUACAACACCUGCAUCAUGCAAAUUUGUAAUGUCAUUACUUAAUAUUGGAGAAAUUUAAUUAUGUCAAUGGUCGACAAAUACAUAAAAUCCCUCUUGUAUUAAUUUGGUUACAUCUUCAGAACUUAAUUCAGUUAAUUGUUCAGCAAAUACAGGAUUCACUUAUAGAUGGGUUCCAACAAUAAAUUAAAAUAGUUCAACACUUAGUAAAAAUGGUUAUUGUACUAAAUGUUUGAUGAAUAUCAUAAAUAUACCUGGAUAAUGUGCUUGUAACUAAUUAAUUUACUAGUAUGAUUGUUUAUCAAAUCCUUAAUGUUCUUGGUCAACUGCUAUCACAACUCCAAGUUGUUAUAAUAAACCUUGCAAUUAAAUUAUUUAAUAAGGAAUUUGCAGUUCAAAUCCAAGAUGCUCUUGGUCAGCAACCCAAAAUAUAUGUUAGCCAUUUUCAUCAUGUUCAGAUCUAUAUGGUGUUAAUUCUGGAGAAUGUUCUAGUUAUUCAAUUUAUUGUGCAGCAAUAUCAAAAACAUUUUUACAAUUUUAAUAAAAAUAUAUUUGUGCACCAACACCAAAUCAAUGUUCAGUUACACCUUCUUAAGGAACUGUAGGAGGAAUAACAACUGCAUCAGAUUGUUAAAACACUUAUGUUAAUUUUGGUAUUUGUUAAUAUAAUCCAAAUAACUAACAAUGUACUAAAAUUACUAUGUGUUCAGAUAUUUCAACUUAAUAGCAAUGUCAACAAUUUAAUCAUGCUUGUUUUUGGUAACCACCAAUGAAAACAACAGCAACAGCUUCUUGUGUAGCUGCAAGCUGUAACAAUUUUACUAAUUAACAAUAAUGUACUUAUAUUUUAAAUUCCUUAUCAGCUACUAAUGUUACCUUAUGUUAAUGGUAAACAAUUGGUGUUUGUAUUGAAAGUACAAAUACAAAAAAUCUCUCUUCAACAAACUGCUACUCCAAUACUUUAAUGAUGUCAAGAUGGAGUUCUACUUAACCUAAUUCUGGUUUUUGUGCAACAUGCAGCUCAUACAGUUAAAGUCAAACUUACAAAUCUCCAUGUUUUUGCAACGAAUUAUCCUAAUAAGAAUGUUUAUUGGCUUCUCCUUAGUGUUCAUACAAUUCAAUUACUUCUGCUUGUGUUGUCUAAAACUGUUAAUCAAUUAUAUCUUAGUAUUCAUGUGCUGCAAAUCCUAAUUGUAUCUACAUUGGAAGUUGUCAAAAUUAUAUAAAAUCACCUACUAGUACAACUUAUGGAUGUGCAAAUAUCACCACUGCUUCAUCUCCUUUUGAUUGCUUAACAGCUUCAGUAAAUUGUCCAAAAUUUGUUCCUGAUACAAUCUCAGGAAGCCUUGGUAAAUGUUAUGUAGCAGAAGAAUGCAGCAAACUAUUAAAUGGGGCUGUAUGCAAUAAUUAUUAUAAUUAAGCUGUGGCUGGUUAUUGUGUUUGGUAUGAUAAUUAGUGUUAAACUAUUAACAAUUGCAAAUAGAUUAUUGAUAUUGAAGUUUGCAGUUUAUAAAGCAAAAGAUGUUAAUGGAGUGUUCUUUUGAAUUCUUGCAUCACUCAAUCAUGUAAUUCAUACACUAGCUAAUCUGAUUGCAAUUAUGUAUACACCUCCUAUACACUUGGAGAUAUCGCUCUUUGUUACUGGGAUUCCUUCUAUAAUGAAUGCAGAAGUGCAAACCUAUCAUUAGCAAAAACAUUUAAUACCACUAAUUCAACAUAAUGUUAUGUAAAUACAGGACAUGUAUAUCACUUGAAUGGAAAUGAUUGUAUAAGAUGCUUCUAAGACAUUUUAAGCAUUUUUCUAAUAACCAUGUUCCUCAUAUUAAUUUGA